AACAUUUUAUGACAUUCAGAAUACUGAAACUUUAUAACAUGAUUAGAUGAUUGUUAUAUUGUGAUCAUUUUAGGUAUGUCAAAUUCGUUAACUCAUACCGAUCAUGACAUUACCGAACAAGAUAGUAAGUUAGCAGCUGCAGAGAAAAAGAAUCUGGGUAACAUAGCUUUUAAAGAACUAAGUUUAGAUGAGGCAUUAACGCUUUAUGAUGAAGCUAUAGCAAUGGAUCCUACACAGAUGUCAUUUUAUAAUAAUAAAGGAGGUAUGUCAAAUACGUUAACUCAUACCGAUCAUGACAAUACCGAAGAGGAUUGGAAGUUAGCAGCUGCAGAGAAAAAGAAUCUGGGUAACAUAGCUUUUAAAGAACAAAGGUUAGAUGAGGCAUUAACGCUUUACGAUGAAGCUAUAACCAUGGAUCCUACACAGAUGUCAUUUUAUAAUAAUAAAGGAGCCGUUUAUAUUCAUAAGAAGGAAUUCUUGUUGGCUAAAAAUGUUUGUUCUGAUGCGCUUACAAUUGGUCAAAGGUAUGGUGGAAGCAGUGCUGACAAGGCUAGAUCAUUGGCUCGAAUCGGAAAAGCGUGUCUACAAAUGGGAGACAUCUACAAUGCAACAUGGAAGUAUGACGAAGCUCUCACAACAUUGGAGACCGAUUAUGAGGCUGUGAUGGUUGAUAAAGUAACACCCCAACCGGUUCCCUCGUCUAAAAACGUUAAAGUUGAUGAGAUUCAGAAACAAGCAGCCGUCAAGAAGAAAGAGCUGGGCAACAAAGCCUAUCAGAAGGGGCAAUACGACAAGGCUUUAGCUUUGUAUAAUGAGGCGAUAGAACUGGAUCCUACACAAAUAUCUUUCUACAACAAUAAAGGAGCUGUGUACAUACAAAGAAAAGAUUUUAUAUCUUCCAAAAAUGUUUGCCUUGAGGCUGUUAGAAUUGAGCCCUUUCUCGAAUUGGUAAAGCUGAACGAGAGUUAG